AACGCAGGGAACCUUUGUCUCGCACAGUAAGUUAGGCAGUUAGUUACUUUGUCAAUGGACCCGACCGGGCUUUGGACAUCCCCACGACCUUGCCGACAAUUCCAACCGAGCAAUAAACCAAUUUCAUCGUGGGCAAAAUGGCUACUCUCUGGGCUGCUCAGCGGCAUAGCUACCGCCAGCGACCCUCGCCCGCCAACCUCACCGGGCCCAGUCCCAUACCCGGACACUGUUUCCUCUUAACCCUCCCCGAUGAUAUAAUCCACGAUAUCUGCGAUAUGGUCGACCGCAUGUUCGGCGGGCCCCUGGACCUAGACAAUAGAAACCAGGCCAUAUUUGGAGAGGAGUUUGCCAUCAUGGCCCUCGCAUGUUCGGCGCCCAACCUCGCCAAACUACAUAUUACGACCACCAGCACAUGGAGAGACACCGAAUUCCUCCUCAACAAGCAGAACAAGCGAAUCACCGGCCCAAAGGUCACACUCCCCUCCCUCACCACCCUCGUCGUCGUCACACUGUCCAUAACCCCGGGCCCCGACCUCGAGAAACUCAACGGGCUGCUGCACAGCGCCCCCAACCUCACCACGCUCCGCAUAGACUCGGCGUGGGGGGGCGAGUCGCUGACGGCGCGGCUGCCGCAGCUGACGAGGCUGGAGCUGCGGCGCAUGGACAUGGGCUGGGAGGGCCUGCGGAAGCUGGUGCGGCGGAGCCCGCGGCUGGCCGAGGUGCUGCUGACGCACGACCCGCUGCCGGGCUGGUCCAACUACCUCGCGGGCCCGCCCGUGUCGCCGGAGCGCGCCCUCCGCGCCCUGGCGCCCGCCCGCCUCGCCCUGCGCCGCCUCGCCCUGCACACCUGGAUGCCCGGGGACGGCGACGGCCGCCGCCGCCACCCCGCCCGCCUCCCCCUGCUCGAGGGCGUGCGCCUGGCCGAGCGCUUCCCCGCGCUGGUGCAGCUGUCCCUCGACGCACGCGUGGUCAGGGGGCUGCCGGACUUGCUGGCGGGGAUGGAGUCGUUGGAGGGCCUGGUGCUGAUGAACGUGACGGCGUCGGCGGCGUUCGGGGGGGAGGUGGACACGCUGCUGGAGAAGGCGCGUGUGCUCGAGUGGCCGCGCCUCCGGAGGGUUACGAUGCGGUCCUACCGCCCGGACAAUGCCCCGUGGCAGGUGCCGGCGUGGGAGGGCUUGAAGCAGAUGCUGGAAGGGUUGGGAUGGAGGAAGCUGAGUGAGGAGGAGUCGAAACCGGACCUUGGAGUCGUGGUGGCUGGAGUGAGCUUCUUGGCCGUGCCAGACUCGCAAAAAAUAGGGCUUUUUGCAGACGGUCAAGGGGGCGGCGAAUGGGGCGUCUGA